UGCUUUAAUCUCAGGUAACAUUGAUUGUUUGUCCUUUUUUAUUAACAAUUUGUGAUCUUUUAAAAGUUAUUGAUUUUUGAUUAACUAAUUUUGAUAUUUUUAUUAAUUCUGCUGACAGUGUUCUAGUUAAUUCUGUCUGACAAUUUUCCUCAUUCGUGUUAUCUUUGCGCUUUGUUGGUCUUCCAACUGGUGUUACUUUUGACUCUCUAUUAACCUUUUUUUCUGUUAUUUAAUUAUAAUCCCUUUUUUUAAUAUCCAUUUAAUUUGGAUUUAAUUUCUUCAUAUUCCUCCAUCAGUGAUUGUUUUGUAAGGUCAAUUGUAUAAAGUGUUUGAAUCUUUUUAUAAUGGAUCUCGUUGAUGCGGAUACAGUUUUAGCACAAGGGCCAGAUUCUGAUUGUGAAGAUAUUUCCGGUAAAGAUGAUGUUCUUAAUACUCUUGAUGUUACCGAGAGUAAAGAUGGUGGAGUUUUAAAAGAGAUUCUUAAGGCUGGUUCAGGUUGGGAAAAUCCUGCUACUGGUGAUAAAGUUUUCGUUCAUUAUGUCGGUUCUCUUGAAGAUGGAACUAUUUUCGACUCUUCUCGGGAACGAGGAUCAACUUUCUCCUUUAUGUUGGGUCAGCGUCAAGUAAUAAAAGGAUGGGAUCUCGCUGUUGCUACCAUGAAAGCCGGUGAAUUAGCUAAGGUUACCAUUAAAUCGGAUUAUGGGUAUGGUGAUGCUGGUUCACCACCAAAGAUUCCUCCCAAGGCUACUUUAAUCUUUGAGAUUGAACUUUUUGACUGGAAGAUGAUGGAUUGUACCAAAAAAGACGAUGCCGGUGUUAGAAAAAGAAUAAUUGUCCAGGGAACUGGAUAUUCUACUCCUAAUGAUGGUGCUACCAUUCAGGCUCAUAUUGUUGGUAAAUUUGGUGACGCUGUGUUUGAAGAAAGGGAUAUUACAUAUUGUCAUGGUGAACCCAGUGAAGUGAACAUUCCGGAUGGCCUUGACCUCGGAAUAGGCAAAAUGAAAACCGGUGAAAAAGCUUUAAUCUUUAUCCGUUCCGAUUAUGCUUGGGGAUCAAAUCCUCCAACUGAGUUUAACCUUCCCUCCAACUACCAAGAAGUUAUUUAUGAAGUUACUCUUAAGAGUUUCGAAAAGAUCAAGGAAACUUGGGAAAUGACAGCAGAAGAGAGAUUGGAACAGGCUAAAUUAGCCAAAGACAAAGGUUCAGCUUAUUUAAAAGAGAAUAAAUUACAACUCGCUCUAAAACAGUAUAAACGAAUUCCAACAUUAAUCGGUCCAUACAAUAACUUACAAGAAGAAGAUGAAGAGAUGGAAAUGGAAAAAGGUGGAGAAAAAGUAGACGAAAAAGAAAAACACAGUAUUCUUUUAGCGGGUCAUCUAAAUCUUGCGAUGGUUCACCUUAAACUCGAACAAUACACCGAUGUUGUCAAGAACUGCGAUUCCGCUUUGGAAAUUGACCCAACCAAUUGCAAGGGACUUUUCCGCCGAGGAUCAGCUUAUUCUGGUCUCAAGGAAUUCGAAAAGGCGAUCGCAGACAUUGAGAGAUUAUUGGAAAUCGAACCUGAGAACAAAGCAGCUAAAAAUCAACUAAUUAUAGCUCGACAUGGGCUAAAGAUUGAAAAAGAAAAAGAAAAAGCUCUUUUCAAGAACAUGAUCUCAAAAUAUUUAGCAUCUUCUUCUGAUGACAAACCUCCAUCUUACGAAGGUCCAAUCGAUGAAGUUCAAUUUGCCUCGAAAGAACCAAAAGCCGACGAAUCACAACUAUCUAUUCAAGAAAUUAAUUAACCAAUCAAAUUAAUCGAAUUUUUCCCUUUUCUUUUUUUGUUCUUUUUUUACCAUGAACAACUUUUUUCGUCUCUAUUUCUGCUAUUGCACCAACACCAA